GCUAAACUUAAGCGAAUUUUGGUGUUGCUGUGGCACCCGUCCCGCCGCUAAAAGUAAACAGUGCCGAUCGCCAGCCUUCCGCAUUUCCAACUCCACCCAACCUCUCGGAUUAAGGGAAUACCACGAGACAGGUUCACAAGUUGAGUUCACUCGUCACUUGCAUUCCUCCUUCUUCAUACACAAGACAUCUCCGCAAUCUUCAGCAACUACGCGUCACGACCCACGAAUACACUCCGCGAUAAGCACCUGUUUACUUAGGAUUGGCACAACACGAUCCUCAGUGACGCACAUCGUCACAACAUCUCUACCUCAAAUCCAGCUUCUACUGAAGUCUUGCCAGAAUAAUCACCAACAAUGGCACCUCUUCCAGAGCAAGCAUCGACCUUCAAAAGCUACCUCACUUCCCUCCUCACACGCACACCAUCUCCCUCACCAUCCGCCUCACCCUCAACUCUCACCACGCGCCUCAACGACAUCACCACCACCCUCUUCAAACGCUCGUCCCACGGCCUCCCUAACCCCGGCGCUGGCGUCACCGAACCCGACAAAGUCCCCAACAAAACCGUCUUCAUCCUCAUCGGUCUCAUCGGCGCCGGGUUCGUCGUAACCGGCAUCUGGUUCUUCUUCUGGGCCAAAAACGGCGGUUUCUAUUUCAAAGAGAACGACUGGGACGACUACAAGUCCACCGUCCUCCGCCGCAAAGGUCCCAACGGCACCACCCUCAGCGGCGCAACAGAGAGCACCGACCUCGGCGGCGGCAGUAUCGUGCAUGGCGAGAAAGGCGGACGCAGUCUCUGGGGCGGACGCAAGAAGAACAAAAAGGCAAACAAGGCUAUGAAUGGUGUAGAUCGGUACAAGGACUUUGAUGAGGAGAGCAGCGCGCUCGGCACGGAGAGUUAUGGUGGAAGUACAGUUGGUGGCAGCGAGAUGGGAUAUGCCGCCCACGUUACCGCUGGUCAGCACAAAGUCAAGAAGUCAAAGGAUAAAACUACCAAGCCGAAGAAAGUCAAGAAAGCUAAAGGCGCGCCUAGCGAUGCGGGAACACUGGAUACGGAACUCGAUGUUGACGCUGAUGUCGCUGACGCGAUGCGAGCUUACCGCCAUGAGAAACCCGCGAGAGUUGGAGGCUUGAAUAAACAGCCUGAUGGCAGCUCCUGGGAUGGCUCAAACACCAACGAUGGCUCGACGGCUGCUUCUAAACUCCUAUCUCACCGCGAAAAGACACCUACCAACACACCCACCAAAGUCAAGAAGGACCGCAAAGAUACCUACACCGGCGGCUCCGCAGGAAUCCGCAAAGUCGUCAGCACCAGCGAAGGCGGCGCAUCAUCCUUCUGGGGUAAAUCAUCCGGGUCCGGCUCAGUCGUCACAAACGACGAGCGCAUCAAAGCCGAAGCCCGCAAGCUCCAAGAGAAAGGCCGGGCUGCGCAACGCAGAGAUUUCUCGUUCAACGUCGGAGAUGAUAAUAGUACCGUUGUGAGCGGCAACUCGGGCAUGAGCGAGCAUGAUAGGGAGAGGGAGAGGCGGAGGGAGGAGAGGAGGGAGGAGAGGGAGAGGAGGAGGAAGAGUAGGAGUCCCACCAAGAGGGAGAGGGUUCCCGGGAGCUAUAUUGAGGAGGAGGUGGGGAGCCUCGUGGGCAGUCAGGAGGGGAGUGAGGUUGGGACGAAGAGUUAUCAUCAUGUUAUUCCGGGGUUGUCGAGUGCGGGGAGUGCGGUGGGGAGCGAUUAUGCGGAGGAGAGACGGAGGAAGAGGAAUGGUGGGGGUGGCGGUGGGUAUAGAAGGGGACGAAGGGACAGUUUGAGCGAUUGAGUCUAUUGGGGAUCGGGAGAUGGACCGAUACAAUGAUGAUUAGUUGGGCGGAUUGACGGAUGAUUAUGAGUGAUGGCAUCUUUUGAGCGGAACUGGACAAAUUGCAUGGCCUGCGUAUGCGAAUGAAUGAUACAUGGAUGAAUGCUUGGAGUUGGGUUGAUUGUACUUUAUGUAGAUCUGCUAGGGAAUUCAUGAACAUAAAAGGCACAGCGUAGAACAAAUACAUCCAUGCA